AUGUAUUUCCUGACCGGCUGGCCGCGGAGGCUGCUCUGCCCGCUACGGAGCGAGGAGCAGCCCUUCCACCUGCAGCCCAGCCAGCACAGACUCUACUUCGCCGUGCUGGCGCACACCCAGCUCAGCAUCUGGUUCAGCAGGCCCAGUGUUCUGGUGGUGAGUUAUAUUGAGUCGGCGAAGGCGGCAGCUCAGUUUGGUUUUUACCAGCAGGCCGAAUGGAAACCAGACGACUCGAUGAUUGCAGUGGCAGCUGCCAACGGAUAUGUGCUCCUGUUCGACAUCAUCGGCGGAGGAGACGACAAAUAUCUGUACGAACCCGUCUACCCAAAGGGAAGUCCACGGGUCAAGGUGACCCCUGGCUACAAAGAGGAGCAGUGCGCCCCAGCCCUCAGUCUGGAAAUGAAGAAGCCAGUCGACCUGGAAGCUCCAAUUACCAGUCUGCAGUCUCUGCAGGAGGAUCUGCUGGUGUGCACUGCAGACGGUUACCUGCACAUGCUGCACUGGGAUGGUGUGAGGAACGGCCGUAGAGCUGUCAACCUGUGCACCAUCUCCUUCUCCCUGGACCUGCAGUCAUCCCGUGGUGGUCCGUGUUUGGACCUUAACGGGGUCCACGUCAGAGACAUGGAGUACUGUUCGACUCUGGACGGCUUUGCUGUUGUUUUUGACGAUGGGAGACUCGGCUUUAUGACGCCUACUGCCAGCAGGUUCUCCACAGAGCAUUUGCAGGGUGUCUGGGCAGCAGAUGUGACUGACGGCACAUGCGUGGCGGUCAAUAACAAAUACAGACUGAUGGCCUUUGGCUGUGCGAGUGGAUCUGUGUUGGUGUACAUGAUUGACAACACUACAGGAUCAAUGCAGCUUUCCCACAAAUUGGAAUUAACCCCUAAACACUACCCAGAUAUCUGGAAUAAAACAGGUCCUGUGAAAAUGAUUCGGUGGUCUCCGGACUGCAGCGUUGUGAUGGUCACGUGGGAGUGUGGUGGCCUCUCUCUAUGGAGUGUAUUUGGAGCUCAUCUCAUCUGCACACUCGGAGAGGACUUCGCGUAUCGAUCAGACGGCACUAAGAAGGAUCCACUAAAGAUCAGCUCUAUGAGCUGGGGGGCGGAGGGCUACCACCUGUGGGUGAUUAGCAGCUCAGAGGGCGGAGUCGACGAAUCGACAGAGUUACGGCAGGCCUCCAUCCUUCAGUUUCAGUUCAUUAAGAGCGCUCUCACAGUCAACCCCUGCACGAGUAAUCAGGAGCAGGUGUUGCUGCACGGUGAGGACCGCUUGUUUCUGACCUGUGGUGAUGCGGCUCAGGUUCACAGUCCCGUGGAGCCGCUCCGGGACAGCAGCCCCAUGCACCGCCCACACACCACACCCCCUCUCUCUCAGGGUCUCAGCACUUUACUGGGCCACAAGCACUGGCACGUGGUUCAGAUUCACAGCACAUAUCUAGAGAGCAACUGGCCUAUACGAUUUGCAGCCAUAGACUCAGCAGGGCAGUGUUUGGCGGUGGCUGGAAGACGCGGUUUUGCACACUACUCCUUAUUCACCAGGAAAUGGAAACUGUUUGGGAACAUCACCCAGGAGCAGAGUAUGACUGUGACAGGAGGGCUUGCCUGGUGGAAUGACUUUGUCGUUGUUGCCUGUUACAAUUUUAUUGACCAGCAGGAGGAGUUGAGGUUGUAUCACCGCUCCUGUAACCUGGACAACGCGUUCGCCAGCAUCACAAAGCUGCACGCCGAAACUCUGCUGCUAAACGUGUUCAAGAACAUGGUGAUUCUGUUCCGCACUGACUGCUCCAUCUGCCUCUACAGUAUUGAGAAGAAGCAGGACAGUCCUAAUCCUUUUGCGAGUGUGGAGCUGUUGCAGGAAGUCUCCAUGUCCCGUUAUAUUCCUCACCCCGGCCUGGUUGUGUCGGUCACUCUGACCUCAGUCCGCACCGAGACGGGCAUCUCCCUCAAAGCCCCACAACAGGCCUGUACAGCAGAGAGUAUCCUACUAAAUCUGGCCGGUCAGCUCAUCAUGCUACAGAGAGACCGCUCUGGCCCGCAGGUACGAGAGAAGGAUGCGGUGCCCAAUCAGAAGAAGCUGCUGCCGUUCUGCCCCCCUGUGGUUCUGGCUCAGUGCGUAGAGAACGUGUGGACCACGUGUCGCACCAACCGCAAAAAGCGCCACCUGGUGGAGGCACUGUGGCUGUCUUGUGGAGAAGCUGGGAUGAAGGUGUGGCUGCCCCUGUUUCCUCGAGAUCACCGCAAGCCCCACUCUUUCCUGUCCCGCCGGAUCAUGCUGCCCUUCCUCCUUAACAUCUACCCGCUGGCCGUGCUGUUUGAGGAUGCCCUUGUUCUGGGCGCCACGAAUGAGACUCUGCUCUAUGACAACCUCGGGGCACAUUCUUCUUCAGAGGAGCCAUUGGAGUCAAUGUUCCCAUUCUGCACGGUGGAGCGCACCUCUCAGAUCUACCUCCACCACCUGCUGCGGCAGCUGCUGGUGCGUAACCUGGGCGAGCAGGCGCUGAUGCUAGCGCAGUCCUGCUCCUCACUGCCGUACUUCUCCCACGUUCUGGAGCUGAUGGUGCAUGUGGUGCUGGAGGAGGAGGCCACGUCCCGAGAGCCCAUCCCUGAUCCGCUGCUGCCCACCGUGGCCAAGUUCAUCACAGAGUUCCCACUGUUCCUGCGCACAAUUGUGCACUGCGCCCGCAAGACCGAGUUUGCCCUGUGGAACUACCUGUUCGCUGCUGUUGGUAACCCCAAAGACCUCUUUGAGGAAUGCCUAAUGGCCCAGGACCUGGACACAGCCGCAUCUUAUCUCAUCAUACUGCAGAACAUGGAGGUUCCUGCCGUAAGCCGGCAGCACGCCACCCUGCUCUUCAACACGGCUCUCGAGCAGGGCAAGUGGGACCUCUGCCGUCACAUGAUCCGCUUCCUAAAGGCCAUUGGCUCAGGGGAAAGCGAGACCCCACCUAGCACACCUACCACUCAGGAGCCGAGCUCUACAGGAGGGUUCGAGUUUUUCCGGAACCGAAGCAUCAGUCUGUCUCAGUCUGCAGACAGCGUUUCAGCGGGCAAAUUCAACCUGCAGAAAACAUUCAGCAUGCCCACAGGACCCUCUGCUAAAGGGAAGGACAGUGAGAGUGCUGAGAACAUGUACAUAGAUAUGAUGCUGUGGCGUCAUGCACGGCGGUUGCUGGAGCAGGUGCGUCUGAGGGACCUUGGCUGUUUCGCCGCUCAGCUGGGCUUCGAGCUGAUCGGCUGGCUGUGCCGGGAGCGCACUCGCGUCGCCCGUGUCGAAGACUUUGUAACCGCCCUCAAACGGCUGCACGAGGACUUCCUGUGGCCAUUUCCAGUCAUUCCUGCCAGUUCCAUUAGCUCACCGUUCAAAAACGGUCGCUGCCGCACAGUGUUGAGCACCCGCCUGUUAAAGUCUCAGUCCGCUGACAGUCUGUUGAACAGUGAUAUGGACACAGCGCCCCCUCAGGUCACCAGAACCAAUCACAACUGGCUGGAUGGUUUGGGGGCGACGCCAAAGGAAAUGGACUCCGCCUCCUCACACGGAGCUCCACAAACCCAGGAGGCCUUCCUCUCUCCUCUGAUAAACAAAACGGAGGAGUGCAGUAUUGGUUCAGCCACCGACCUGACAGAGACCAGCUCCAUGGUGGACGGUGAUUGGACAAUGGUGGACGAGAACUUCUCCACCCUCAGUCUUAGCCAAUCAGAGCUGGAGCACAUCUCCAUGGAGCUGGCCAAUAAGGGCCCUCACAAGUCCCAGGUGCAGCUCAGGUACCUCCUGCACGUGUUCAUGGAGGCGGGCUGUUUGGAUUGGUGCGUUGUGAUUGGUCUGAUUCUGCGGGAGGUGAAUGUGAUUAAGCAGGUGGUCGGCUUCCUGGACAGUCCAGAGGUUCCUGCCGAAACCGUCCAGAGCAUCCGCACAGGCCUCCUGGCCAUCGACCAGUGGGCCUCAUCAGACUGUCUCGGCUACAAGCCCUUCCUGAACCUCAUUCGUCCUCAGCUGCAGAAGCUGUUUGAAGCUUCUAUGGAGCAGGUCCAGCCCGAGGCCUUCCAGCCGUCAGGCAUGUCUAAGCUCGCCGAGCCAGCGCUGCCGCGGGUCGAGCCGUGCCCCGCCCCCCUGGGCCUUCCGCUGCCCCCCGACCCCUCAUCUGCCUCCAGCACCCGCAGCCUGGAGGACACCUGCGAGGACGAGCCGGAGGAGGAGGCUGUGGAGGAAGGGACUUACGACUGCACCCUGUCAUGACCUUCAGUGGGACAGAGUGGGCGAACAGUUGGAGAGGGCUGACGUGAUGCCCUUAAAGCGAAAGUUGGGCCAAAAUUAUAUUUAAUUUUACCCGUUUACCCAAAUAAUUUUUAUUUUUUUGCUUCUUUAGUUCUAGCACUGGAGCUGUGAGGCUAAAGUCUAAAGUUGGAAUGGAAACUAACUCCCUACCAAAUAGCAAAGCUGAAAACACUACUUCAGAAACCAGUGACCCUUACAAUGUCAAACAUUAUAAGCAAGUCAUUAUAAGUGUUUAGGCUGACACACAGUUAGCACCAUGCUGAUUGGUGGGGUGUAAUCUUAUGAAGUACUUAGGAAACAAAACACACAUAUUUGGCUAAACCAUCACUUUAAGAGCUUCUAAGCUCUGACUGUGGAUCAGGUGACCUCUACACUUAUUCUCUCAGAGUAGAGUGAAUAAAUGGACUGUUCUGUGGUCAGCAGGGGGGCGUUUUCUCAGCGCACAAAGACUGCGAGAGGACAGAGAUAAUAUAGACUCUUCUUCAGACUGGCCUGGAGUUAGUUUGAGGUGGCUAUUUGUUGCACCGCUAUAACCAUUGUUUUGGUGUGUGAGUGAGUGUGUGUGUGUGUGUGUGUGUGCUUUGCUUUCAUGUUUGCUGCUUAAAAGAGACAGAUACUGUGUUUCGUUUGAGUGUGCAUCCAUCCAGACUGCUGUGUGUGUGUGUGUGUGUGUGUGUGUGUGUGUGUGUGUGUAUAUGUGUAUGUGUGUGUUUGAGUUUGAGUUAUGCUUUUGGUCUGACACCACCAGUAUUAAGUAUUAUCCCCUCCUCUUAAUCCCAGUAACCCCACAGGGGCUUAGAAUGGAGGGUUGUGCCUUUGUUUACUUCCAGAUGAAUCUCUGUGACAGGAGGCCAGACAUUAGAGUUAAA